UAUACCCACCACUUCACUCCCAAUCUCCCCAUCCUCAACUUUCCUUAAUCUCUUUGUGAAAUUCACUUUUUUAUUUAUUUUUAAUCUCAAGACUUUGCUUCAAUGGCUGAUGCUGGUGGUUCAACCUCUGCUAGUAGGAUGUGGUGUUCGGUUCCUGAAAGGCUCCAGCUGCAUAUGGCCAUGUUGGCCUUGCAGUUUGGUUAUGCAGGGUUCCAUGUGGUUUCCAGAGCUGCCCUUAACAUGGGCAUUAGCAAACUUGUGUUCCCAGUUUAUAGGAAUAUCAUUGCUUUGCUUCUGCUAUUACCCUUUGCAUAUUUUCUUGAAAAGAAGGAGAGACCAGCCAUUUCUCUAAAUUUUCUUUUACAGUUCUUCCUCCUCGCUCUAGUUGGAAUCACGGCUAAUCAAGGUUUCUACUUGUUGGGCUUAGAUAACACAUCACCAACCUUUGCAUCAGCAAUCCAAAACUCUGUCCCAGCCAUUACCUUUUUCAUGGCAGCCAUACUACGGAUAGAGAAAGUGCGACUAAAUCGAAAAGAUGGUAUAUCGAAGGUUAUAGGAACAGUCUUGUGUGUGGCUGGAGCAUCAGUUAUAACUCUAUACAAAGGUCCAACCAUAUACAGCCCAGCUCCACCUCUGAAUAGACCCACACCAAUGUUUGUUUCGUUGGGAGAUGCAAAGGGAAAGAACUGGACCCUUGGUUGUCUCUAUCUUAUUGGCCAUUGCUUGUCCUGGUCCGGUUGGCUGGUGUUGCAGGCUCCAGUCCUGAAGAAGUACCCAGCCAGACUCUCUGUGACCUCCUAUACAUGUUUCUUUGGUCUUAUUCAGUUCCUGAUCAUUGCUGCAUUUUUUGAGAGAGACCUUCAAGCAUGGAUUUUCCACUCUGGUGGGGAGCUCUUCACUAUUCUCUACGCGGGAGUGGUGGCAUCAGGGAUUGCAUUCGCGGUACAGAUAUGGUGCAUUGACAGAGGUGGCCCUGUCUUCGUUGCUGUUUAUCAACCUGUUCAGACUCUUGUUGUCGCUAUUAUGGCUUCCAUUGCUUUAGGGGAAGAGUUCUAUUUGGGAGGGAUCAUUGGGGCAGUGUUGAUCAUAAUAGGACUGUACCUAGUGCUUUGGGGAAAAAGCGAAGAGAGAAAGUUUGCAGCCCAAGAAAAGGCUGCAAUUCAGUCGACUCCAGAGCACAGCAACAGCAGAACUUCAAGCCAUAUCAAGACAUCCCUCAGCCAGCCACUACUCCCUCCCUCAACGGAAAAUGUUUAAGUAGAAAAACCCUAACUCUUAACCACAGUGCAGGCUGGAGAAAAAAAAAGGAGAAACAAAUGAGAGGCACUGCCCUAUAUCAGAAAGUUUGUGUCAUUGUGUGUGUAUGAUUUUUUUUUCUUAUCCUUUUAUUAGUCAAUGGCUUUCUCUAAGUAGUAGAGAGGGUUAAAAGUGAAGCGUUUUUUGAAGGGAUGAUGAUGAACAUGAUGAUGAUCACCGUCACACCUGUGUAGCUUAUUGGGCCUGAAAAUCUCAUAUGCUUUUUAUAUGUUAAUUUUAUGGUUUGAUUUAUAAGAUAAAAGAUAUGCAAUUAUGAAGUUAAUGCUCAAAAUCAUUAUGAUGUAUGGUAUGACUGGACCACCUUUGCAACAAUGCUUAUGAAUACUAAUGUUUCUUUUUGGAAUGAAGAUGGCAAGA